CUAAAGUGAUUUUCGAUUGGUUGUUAAUAUUUACGCGUAUUGCUAAAUACGCGCCAUGUGAUUGAGGUACUUUUCAUGUACGAAUGUGUGAAAGCGCAAUAUAUGUAACGGUAUGCACGGUGGGGUUAGGAUUGCAAUGAAGAAUAGCAUUCAUAACCUAUUGUCACUGGCAACGAUUGCAUUACUUGCAAUCAUUUGAGAUCACUUGAGAUCAUUUGCGGAUUUAAAUUUUUUGUUGCCUACUGGAAAUCCUGAAGGCUAUAAGUAUAUUGGACGAACUCGUUUUUUGGAAGUUCAUGGAAUCCCUUGAAUAUGGAUUCCAACAUCCUAUUAGCGAUUAUUGGCAUACGAUUGAAGAAGUGGAGAAAGGCGAAGCAAACACUUCAACACCGGAAAAUUAGAAAACCGAAUAUACUGAAACUCAUUGCAUUAUGGAGACUUCUAGUAGAGCGUGAAGAAAAAGAAAGCCGAAGAAUAUGGGUUCGCCCAAUAUUCACACAAUCUCGAAGAUAUUUGCAAGGAGCAAGUGACAAUCUGGUCAAAGAAAUGGAGCUACAAGACCAGGAAAUGUUCUACAAUUACUGUAGAAUGUCUACAGAAAUGUUUUAUCAGUUGCUGAGUAUAGUUGGACCUUUCCUUGAAAAACAGAUUGUUGUUCGAGACCCAAUACCGGCUCGCACACGGCUUCUGGUGUGUUUGCGUUACUUAGCCUCCGGUGACAGUAUGGCCUCAAUAUCCUAUGCAUUUAGAAUUGGAGUAAACACUGUUUCAAAAAUUGUUUCUGAAACGUGCGAGGUAUUGUGGAAUUGUCUCCACGAAUCUGUAAUGCCACCAAUGAACAAAGAGGAUUGGUUGAAAAUCGCGGAAGAAUUUGAGAGAAAAUGGAACUUCCCACAUUGUAUAGGUGCAAUAGAUGGCAAACACGUUGUGAUUCAGGCACCACCGCAUAGCGGGUCGGUAUAUUAUAACUACAAAGGAGCUCAUAGUAUUAGUUUGUUAGCAGUUUCGGAUGCCAAUUACUGCUUCACACUAGUCGACAUUGGAGCCGAAGGUAGACAGAGUGAUGGAGGUAUCUUUGCGAACUCAAAGUUUGGUCAACGUUUUGAAAGAAAUGAAAUAAAUUUGCCACAACCGAGUGAAAUAGAACCUAGCGGACCCCUUUUACCAUAUGUAUUAGUGGCAGAUGAGGCAUUCGCACUGAAGCAGUAUAUGAUGCGACCGUACCCUCGAAGUUACCGAUUAACUCGUCAGAAAAAAAUACUUAAUUAUCGUCUGAGUCGAGCGAGAAGAGUGAUCGAAAGUGCAUUUGGAAUUCUGGCGGCACGAUGGCGAAUCUAUCGGCGGCCAAUAAUCUCGUCCAUUUCCACUGCAGUGAAAAUUGUUCAAGCGACUACAUGCUUACACAAUUUUAUAAUCAAGAAUGAAAACAAGUUGCAGAACUUCCAAAGGCGGUACACUCGAACUGGCACAGAUGACGAAACCUCGAUUGGCGGUGCAUUGCAAGAAAUUAACAAUGCUGGCCAAGCUAACGCCCACACUCGACUUGCCUCCAGAAUCCGGGACGAUUUUGCGUCAUACUUUGAACACGGCGGAGCAGUACCUUGGCAGUGGCAAAAAGUUCUUAACAAUGAUUUUUAAUAAUACACUUUGAAUCUUUCUACAUGAAAAUGAUAAGACUAAAACGUUAGCAAGUCCUAAGAUAAUUGUUA